AUGGCGGGUUUACUUGGGGAAACCGAUCUGGUGAAAUUAAUGUCGUUUAGCGACGAUUUGGUGGCGGUGUUGAAGAAGCAAACCAGCAUCGAUUCCUUGUCCCAGUGUCUUGACGAGUCGAAAGCUCUUCGCACCUUUUCCGAGGCCGAAUUCGACGAGGUCCACACCCAGCUCCAAGAUUAUGAGAAAAAGAUUGAGGAAUGCAAGCAGAAGACAGCAAAGGCGAAACUGGAGGUAUGUGAUGACGCGGAGAUAGGCCUUCUCCAGAAGGAGUUGGAAGCUGAAUUAAACGAGGAACUGAUCAACAAUCAGAUCAGCGGUUUAGAACUGCAAAGGGUUUCCAUUGACAAGCAAAUUCAACUGAGAAAGAAACUGGAUCGCGAAGAGUUGAGGGCACAGAAGAAGCUUUCUAUGUAUGCUUCUGUUACGAAUAUCAUUCCAGACUUGGACAACCGUUCCACAAUCUCAGGCCCCGUAGAUAUAGUAGACCGGGAUAAGAGGAUGGUUGAGAAGUUUGAGCUCGACCCAACGGAAUCAACUCCAUUUGGAACUUGUGAGAGCAUUUGGAAGUUGAUAAAUCACCGAUAG